CACAACUGAGAAUUGUUACUGCUAUCUGGGAUCCUUGGGACAUAACCUUAACCCUUACCAUUUUACAUUUCAACUUCAAUUGGGGCAACGUCAAUGUUGUGACGUGCAAAGGAUCCAAAUAGCAUACGCCAAAUGAUAAUAGCAUGCAUUUGUACUACCGUUAGCUAGCUGUCAACAGCAAUAGAUAGGACGAAUUAGACUAACGCUACAUUUUUAUAAAAAACGACAAGCGCGUGUUAAAUAUGCAAUAUCUCGUCACCAGAUGUGCAAGGUAUGACGCUUUUAUCUUGUAUUUUCGCAAUCUGUUUUUAGCACGCGAUUUAGAUGUAACUGUUACUAGCAACGAAUAGCAUGCUAACUUUAGCUAUUUACUAGCUCCAGCUCCAAAUCCAAUAAUUGGCAUCGUUCAAGACAUCACGAGUUACACUUAUAAAAGGUUACUCUGUCAAGCCUCACAUGCUGAAAUCCCCCAUGACUAUUUUUGAAAGCAGUUUCAAUGCCCAGUUGGGAGUAGGCUAAAAUGCAAUAUUAUCUGUGGUAUGUAUGUCAUCAGCACUGCACUCCCUCGUAAAUAGCUUUGUAUUGGUUAUUUUUGACAACAGAUUCUCCCUCUCCUGUAUAGGGUAUUGGUAGGGCCAGGAGUUUUUCCUGUCACUUGGUCAGGAAACGCUUUUGGUCCUUGGUAUUACAUGUUUUCUGAAAGAAAAGAAAAAAAGUGUAUGACCUAUCCGACUACUACUCACCGAUUAAUAUGGUUUCAACAAGGGCAUUGCGGAUGUAUUAGCCUGAACUGGUGCCCAGCAUGACUGUUCUGUACUCCGAUAUCGAAAGAUAUUCCCAUCUGUGAAGUAAUUUAGUCCUCAUACAACCACAAAACAACCAUGGAUACCUACGUAGCCAUCCAUGGCAAGAACAUAUCCCACAACCCCCUCUCCUCCACCCAAGCCAUGUCUAUCGACAAGCUCUUCCCGGCUCUCCUGGAGUGUUUUGGGAUCAUCCUGUGUGGAUACAUCGCCGGUAGGACAGACAUAAUCACCUCCUGUCAAGCUAAAGGAUUAGGGAACUUUGUGUCUAAAUUCGCCCUCCCGGCGCUGCUCUUCAAGAACAUGGUUCUGUUGGACUUUAAUAAUGUGAUCUGGUCGUUCCUGUGGAGUAUCCUGAUAGCCAAGGUGUCGGUGUUCGCCCUGGUGUGUGUUCUGACGCUAGCCGUGGCCAGUCCGGAGAGCAGGUACAGCAAGGCAGGACUCUACUCCAUCUUCGCUACGCAGAGCAACGACUUCGCCCUGGGGUAUCCCAUUGUGGACGCCCUGUACAGGAACACAUAUCCAGAGUACCUGCAGUACAUCUACCUGGUGGCUCCUGUCUCCCUGAUGUUCCUCAAUCCCAUAGGAUUUGCCUUCUGUGAGGUCCAGAAGUGGAAGGACCACCCAGAGAGACAGCAGGGCAAGUUGCAGAUCAUCAGAGUGGUGCUGCUGCAGGUACUGAAGAACCCGAUAGUGUUCAUGGUGGUGGUCGGGAUCGUGUCCCACUUUGCCCUGGGCCAGAGGAUCCCUGCUGUGAUGGAGGAGUUUGUGGAUGGCCUGGCCAACUCCUUCGGAGGAGCAGCUCUCUUCUACCUGGGACUCUCUAUGGUGGGACAGGUGGGCAAACUCACCAGGUCUACUGGAGUAGCCCUGAUCCUGCUCAUCACUGCCAAACUGCUGGUGAUGCCUCUUAUCUGUAAGGACAUGGUAGACCUGCUGGACUCUCCAGGCUCCAACAGCAGCAGUCUGAACCACUCCAGCCUGUCUAACUAUGCCUUUCUCUACGGGGUGUUCCCCACCGCUCCCAGCGUAGCCAUCUACGCAUCACAGUACAACAUGGAGCUGGAAGUGGUGACGUCAGGGAUGGUGAUCAGCACGUUCCUGUCUGCCCCCAUCAUGUACGUGUCAGCCUGGCUCCUGACCAUCCCCCUGAUGGACCCCAAGCCACUGGUCACUGAGCUGCAGAAUGUUAGCUUCAACAUCAGCAUCGUCAGCCUGGUCGCACUGGUGUGGACCAUCGCUGUCAUUCUCCUCAGUAAGAAGUUCAAGAGGCUCCCACACAUGUUUUCCAUGAACCUCUUCCUGGCACAGUUCCUAGUGUGUGUCAGUAUGAUCCUGUGGAACUUCGUAGUGAAGCAGGAGGACAUCUUGGGACAGGUGUUGACAUUCACACUGCUCUAUGGGUCACUCUACAGCACAUAUGUCUGGACUGGUCUCAUUCCUCUCUGUUUGGUUCUGACCAAGAAGGACAAUUUGCUGAGGAUUCCACCUGGGGUCUUCAUGGUCUUUGGCUGGGGCAUACCGUUCCUCAUCCUUGGAGGCCUGCUCCUGGCAGGAGAGAGGAUGCCUGAUACUAUAGACUCUGCAUUCUUCUAUGGCAGGGCUCAGAUCAUCAGUACUGCAGUAGUAGUCUCCUGCAGCAUCUUGGUAGGUGGUUUCUCUCUGAUGGGUCUCAGCCAGGGCACCAAGGAGAACCAGAACUACCAAGCCCUGGAGAGAGCCUCCAACACGGGUACUAUAGAGGACCUGAGGCCCCCUGGACACCAGGAGGACCAGACCCCCCCACUGGAGCCCUCAGCAGCAGAGACCAGCAACAACAGUGACUGUUGUAGCUGUACACAGCCCGUGCCCGACAUGAGCAACGGCGCCACCAGGAACGACACUCCCACGUCUCUAACAGGCCAGUGUGGGGCGCUGUGUGAAACCCAGCAGCAGCAGUGUAGUCCACCGGUCCAGGAUGACAGACAGCUGGUCAGACACGUCCUGUUGUGUCUACUCCUCAUAGUUUCCCUGCUGGCUAACCUGUCCAGUUAUCUAUGGUGGUUGUUCAACCAGGACCCUGGUAGACUGUACCUGGAGCUGCAGUUCUUCUGUGCUGUGGCCAACUAUGGACAGGGCUUCAUUUCGUUUGGUAUCUUUGGCCUGGACAAGCAUCUGAUCAUUCUGCCAUUCAAGAAGAGGUUAGUGAGCCUGUGGCAGGGCAGGGAGAGUGGGGAGGAGCCCCCCUCUGUGGUUCCAGAGGAGAUCAGGCUGACCUGCACUCAGUUUGUCCGCUAUCAUAAAGACCAGUGUGUUCAGGACAUAGUGCCCAUCAAAAGGUGUGAGGGAGAGAGGGUUCAGGAGAGGGAGCGCUCCAGGGAGAGACCUGGUCAGGGGACUUAUCCUCCAUCCCAGGCCCAGACUCAGGCCACUUUCCUGGGCAGUGAUCUGGUGGACUGGCUGGUGAGGGCGGGUCUGGCCCGGGACAGGGGGGAAGCCCAGCUCUAUGGGGCUCAGCUCCAGCAAGGAGGGAUACUGCAACACGUCACACACCAGUUUGACUUCAGGGACGACCCCCUGCUACACUACCGCUUCACUGAGAGGAGCUGGACGCCACCGAUGGAGAGGAACAGCAGUAUGCCUCCUGUGGCCAUGUGAUGUUCCCAGAGAA